AUGUCUGCACCGAAGAGCGUCAGAUGCCACGUAUGCUCAUCCAGACACAGAAUAAAAGGCCGGCCCAUCGUAAUAAACGGACAGGCCAUUCCCGUCCGUAAUACAGUCAAAACUCUCGGAGUCACCAUUGACCGCGGCCUAACCUUCAAAGCCCACUUCGACAACAUCAGAACCAACUGUCAAAGCAGGUUAAAUUUAAUGAAAACCCUUUCCUCGCCACACUAUAGCAACAACAGGAGAAUACUGUACCGCGUGGCUGCCGCCGUAAUUGAUAGUCGUCUACUGUAUGGCCUCGAGAUGACGUGCCUGUCAUCGGACAUCCUAAUCAACUCACUUGCCCCUAUCUACAAUCGGUACGUUAGAACAAUAUCGCAUCUCCUUCCGUCGACUCCGGCCGACACAACUUGCAUCGAAGCCGGACUGCUUCCUUUCCGCUUUCGAAUCACAGUGGCACUCUGCUGCAAGGCCGCCACUUUUGCAGAGCGGACUGCCGGAUCCUUCAGAACCCGACUCUUAGAAGAGGCAGACAUUUUGCUGCAAAAGACCGCUGAUGCUGUGCUUCCACCAGUCGCCAAAAUACAAUGGUAUGGUGAGCGUGACUGGCGCGGUCCAAAAAUUCGCAUCGAUAACCGGAUCAAACGAAAUUUUCGGGCAGGAGAUAACUCGGUCUGCCUACGACGAACCGUAGUCGAGCUGCUUGAAACAGACUAUAAUAGCUAUCAGCGUCGAUACACCGAUGGUUCUCUAUCGACAUCCGGCAUUGGGAUGGGAAUUUUCGACCAUAGCCUUGCGGUUAGCAUGAGCCUCCCAGAACAGUGUUCGAUUUUUUCCGCCGAAGCCGCAGCCAUUCUCUAUGCCGUAACUGCCCCAGCCAACCGUCCAAUCGUCGUCAUCACAGACUCGGCCAGCGUCGUCUCGGCACUUCAAUCCGAGGCCCCUCGUCAUCCGUGGAUUCAGGACAUAAUCACACACGCACCGCCUGAUCUCUGCCUGAUGUGGGUUCCGGGACACUGUGGUGUGGCCGGCAAUGAAGCAGCAGAUCAAUUAGCUGGAGCCGGUCCAUCAGGGCCGCGUUAUAAAACCGCAGUCCCGGUGCCGGAUAUUCGUCGAUGGGUGAAAGCUCUAGCGCUUCAAGCUUGGCAGGAUGAGUGGACUCGGACACGAGGACACCUACGGAAGAUAAAACAAAGUACGAAGGCAUGGACAGAUCUUAGGUCAAUGAGAGAACAGACGAUUAUCUCUCGACUACGAACCGGGCACACAAGAGUCACCCACAACUAUGGUGGAAGUCCUUUUCAUCGAACUUGCGAGAUCUGUGGCAUUAUCACAUCAGUUGAGCACAUUAUAUGUGUAUGUCCAGCAUACGAGGGCCCCAGACGGCUAUACGACACACCAGGGAGCAUUCGCGACGCCUUAAAAGACGACCCGUCCUCGCUGGCGGCGCUCAUAUGCUUCAUCAAAGAUGCAGGACUAUUUUUCAAAAUUUAA